UGCAGGUAGGAGAGGGCGUGGCUGUGCAGGUAGGAGAGGGCGUGGCUGUGCAGGUAGGAGAGGGCGUGGCUGUGCAGGUAGGAGAGGGCGUGGCUGUGCAGGUAGGAGGGGAGGGUGCCAGUGAUUCAGGGCUGUUGUUUCCCAGGAAGUGUUUGUGGAUCUGGAGGGAGAAUCGUUGGAGCAAAACCAGUGACCCCAGAGCUCGGCACCUGCUCAGACUCAGGAUGACCUCCUCCGCCCGACCUCUGACCAACGUCGACUUCUGCUCCGGGUCCCGCAUGGAGGAACUGAACAAACUGAUGGAGGAGCUGGAGAGGCGGGAGAGCAGCGCUCUGCAGGGGCGGGACCUGCGGGAAUCCUGCCAGCAAGCUAUGAAAUAUGUCUUCUCUCUGAUUGAGCAACUUCACCCUCUCCCUUCCCCCAACUCUCUUCUGGUUCUCCAGGGGGGUCUGUGCUCGGGUUCCCUCGAUGUGUCCCCUGUAGACUUGGGCUCCACUUCUCCUCUCUCCUGCCCCCCCAUAUCCUACACCAUCUUGGUCCCCAUCCUGCGCCUCCCCUCCCCCACUCUGCUCCAUCAGACCUCUCCUUGCCAUUACCGGGUGCCUGUCUCUUUAUGGGACCCUCCUCAUCCUCAGCUCAGCUCCAGCCCCCCCUUCGUGUCCCCCUACAAUGUUUCUGUGUGGUUCACCCCCUCCCUCCUCUCUGCUGUGUCCUCCUGUCCUAUCCCUGCCCCCCCUCAUCUGUGCCAAGAAGGGGCAGAACCGUGGGGCAACUGCACGUCUCUGCUCUUCUCCAACUCCAGCGACGUUUUCUUGCGCUUCGAUGUGGUGCCGGUGGUGGAGGUGCGAGGGUGGCCAGCGGGGGUGCAGUACCUGGAGGACUGGGUGGAUGAGGAACAGGGACCCCCCAGACUUUUCCACCUACUUCCUUGGGGGGCUGAAGGACAGUGGAGAGUGAGUUUCCCCGGGGUGGAGCUGUUCAUGAGGAGGUGUCUCCAUCCGGCCCUGUCCAGGGUGCUCCGGGCAUCUGUAUCAGUGCUGAGACCUUUCCUGCAGGGCUCGGACGCCCCGGGGCCCUAUGUCAUAUGGGUGACCCUCCUGCACGCCUGUGAGAGGCUCCCCAAGGGUUUCCUGUGCCAGGGGCACAAUGCUGCUUCCUGCUUCCUGGGACUGCUGGAGGAACUCUCCUUCUACUUCCUGCGAGGCUCCUGCCCCAACCCCUUCCUCCCGGGGUGCGACCUUCUCAGUGGCAUCAGCAGGGGCCCCUACCUGGCCCAUAGGGUGUCUGAGGUCAGGGCCCAGCCCGUCACCCACCUGCGGGAGGCAGUGAAAGAGGCAAAGGAGGCCAAUAAGGGAGGAGAGAGGGACGAGAAAGAGGAGACGGAACAGAGAGAAGAGGAGAGGGGGUCCUCCUGCUCCCCCAGUUAAAGGCUGAAGCUACAAGUGCCGGGACACGUUUCUCUUUAGGAAUAAAGUGUCAUUAGAAUAAUUCAGCCAUUACCAGCAAGUGGAGGCGGCUCAGAGGUAGUGCACACAGGGAACCCCAUCUUCUGACCCUCUACACAACAACAAAAAGACAGAACAGGGGUACAGUGCCGCCUUUAGCCUCCCUCCAUCACAACCACUUUGAGGGGAUGGGACAUUGUAUUCCAGUGUUAGGGGGGGCACAACUGCUCUCAGGAACAGCAAAUGAAAAGUGCAAUACGAAUGGUUUCCCCCACAUCAUUCAGGGUUUCCCCCAUUUACAAUUUGGUUGCUUCGUCCAGGGGUUUCUCACCCAGUUUUGUCCAUAAGCUGUAAGAGAACAGCGCCCCCAUCAUGUCACAUUCACAAUCUACUGGAAAUAAAAACUGCCCAAAUAAUGUUCUACAAUGUAAUUCUGAUUUAUAAAACAGGAACACUUUCCCUUUAAUCUGUUUCCUUCCUAGAAUAUUAAUGUAUGAAGGGACUCGGCUCCAUUGUGCUGUUUCCUUCUGUUAGUAAAUAAUCUCUGUGUGGUAUAUAAUAAUAAUAAUAAUAAUAAUAAUAAUAAUAAUAUGUAUGUGUCCAUUUUACUUCCAAUUAAAUGUUUAUUCAUGUGAAA